AUGCAAAUUACACGGUCGCAUUGUAUUCAAAAUGCAAAUUUACUUUUAUUUGCAAUAACGCUUUGUUUAUUUUGUAGUUCGCAUAGGGUUGCCAAUACAGAAAAUCAUUCGGAAAAUUACGACAUCGAAUGGCUUAUUAUGGCCGUAGAAAAACGUACUUGCUUAUGUGAUACAGGCAGUGAAGGGUAUCACGAUAGACAGAUGAAAGAUUUGGCUUGGGAAGACGUGUGUAUCGAAAUAUUGGAAGAAGCAUAG